AUGGGCAAGAAUACCAAAGCGAACGAUGUAGCAACUCCUGUUCAUCGACAAAUUGAUAUCCUCUAUCGUCAAGCUUACAGCUGCAUCUAUCCGCUUUUAAGCGCAUCUAGUGAUUUUGAGCGUCAGAUGAGUUACUUCAUUUGUCGCCGAUGCGUAAAUCAAAUGCUCCAUCUGGCUAAGAAAUCGCGCGUUCGUCUGUCCCCGGUAAUGCGUCGAUCAAUCUGCCGCGGCUGCCAUCUCAUCCUUGACUCCCGAACAACUGGUCGUCUCCGGUUCCACAAAACAGGGAUUGUGAUAAUCUGUGAUGUCUGCGGAACGCGAAACCGAACCCCUCUUCAACCCAAUGCCUCCUAUCGGCCCUCAUAUUUUGAAAGAAUGCUUCCCGAUUCCAAAGUGAUGUUUAGGCAUCUUUUCCAUCAAGCCCUCAGAGUGCCUCGAAGGCACUCCUCCACAACACUUACAUUUGACCCAAAGCAUUUAGAGGUUCUGGUUUGUCCUCUCAGUAAGAAACCGCUCAUACUAGACAAUGAAAGGCAGCUCCUCAUAAACGAAGAACUUGGCCUAGCAUACCGCAUCAUCGACGGAAUCCCCAAUCUCAUCCCUGAAGAAGCCUUGACAGAUUUCUAA